CUGAUCUUAUUAAAUUUUCUUUCUGGAGAUUUUAUCAAUUUAAUCUUUUACCUAUUUUUUUUUUCAGAUUUAGAAACUGUUUUAUGCAAGCAGUUGCCCUUAAAUCUGGAAUCAUUAAAUUUAUCUCAUAAUGCUUUUUCAUCGCUUCCGGAGUGGAUAGUUGAAGCAAAAUCUGUGUCACACUUUUCCAUUCAUCAUAAUCGGAUAUUAUCUAUUUCUAAAGAGUUAUUCACCAACUGUGAUCUUCAAGUUUUAAAGCUGAAUCAUAAUCUCUUAACAGAGAUCCCCGAAUUCCUUUCCAAGUGCCAUAUCAAGUCCUUGUGCCUUCAGUACAACAAAAUAGAAAAACUUCCAGAAAACUUUUUCAAAAUAUUUCCCUCUUUACAAGAACUCAAUCUGUCUUACAACUGCUUACAAUCAUUUCCUCAACCAUGCUGUUCAAGCAGUAAUUUGAGGACUCUUCUCCUAUCUGGAAAUCAUUUGAACGAUUUGACGAACAUUGCCAACUUCCUAAGCGGGUCAGAAAUCGAAUCGUUGCAUCUAGCUUACAAUGGCAUUAAGGAAUUACCUGAUGACUUUGUUAUAAACUUACCUGCUCUGGGUACAUUUUCCUGCUCUGGAAAUGAAAUGACAAAUAUUUCUAGUCAAAUAGCUAAAGCAACAAAGUUAAAGAAACUGUACUUACAUUCUAAUCUUAUUGAGAAUAUUCCAAAACUCAGCGAUUCUCCUAAUCUUAAGAUCCUGGACUUGGCCUGCAAUAAACUACAACAAUUGGAGCUGGCCUCCAUUGUUCCCAAAGGACUCACUUAUUUAGAUCUCUCUGCAAACAGUGACCUUCAAAUUGAUCCUACGGAUUUUCAACAUCUAUGCUGUCAAAGAUCUGUUGCUGUAGUGGACGUGAACUGCGCUGGUCGCCAAGCCCCUGUUAGUGAUUCAGCCUUGAAAGAAACCGAAAUUUUAAGCCCUUGGAUAUUGGGCUUUACAGAAUCACAAGAUGGCAAUACCAGGUUGUACAUCGAGUUUCAAAAAGAUGCUGUUUCUGGAAGACAGGAAGCUCUAAUUGCUCUCAUGGAAGUGGAUGAUCCAGAAGAAGUGAGUCAGCUGCGUAGUGUUCUUCCUGACCUCUUGAAAGCUGAGCGGGAGGGUAAAGAAACAUACCCUCAUUUCUUGAAAAAGGCACUUUUAUCUUGCGUCAGAUUUUUGCGAAGCAGGAAUUAUGUGAAUCAUUUUGGCAUUACCAUGUGCCAUUUGUCUUCAACGUCUGGUUGCCCAGUUACAUUAAGACUUGGCACUAUUGGACGUCCUUCUUCAUGUAUACUUGGACGUGCCGGAAAUAUUAUUGUGCUGGCCCAGAGGCAGGAAGUAGCACCAUUUGGAAUAGAUGAGUGGAUUCAAGCCAUGCAGGAAACGGAAGUUUGCUGCAAUAACUAUUUCAACAACGCACCAAAUAAACCUGUACCAAAAGGAUUAUGGACAUGCGUACCCGAUCCUGAAGUAAGAGAAUUAGUGUUGAGUCCACAGGACAAGUUUUUAGUCUUUGGGGAUAAUGCGUUUUCAAGAAUCGUGCCAGCUGACGAAGUAUGUCGACAAGUUCAAGGCACGACCUCACCAGUGGCCGCUAGCAAAGCUCUAUCUGAAAUGUAUUCCGCUUUAACCAGUGGAAAAAGAGAAUGCAUUGCGGUCAUCAUGCUGAAAUUUGAUGCUCCCCCUGUCGAAGAAGAUGUUGAAAAAUAUAGGUGUUGGGAAUUCAUGCUAGAACAAAAUCACAAACUGCUCUUCACCAAAGAACUUGAAACAAUACAUAAAACUAUAUUACAUAAUGGUGAUCAAAGACCUAAUAAUGUUGACCCUUCUUCUUGGUAUACGACGGCUCUGUCCAAGUAUAAAUGUCCUCUGCCUUCACAUAGAGGACGGUACUAUUGUUAUGGUAAUAAGCUGGAAUAAAUUUCAAACUUCUAAUUAUGAAACAAAAGUACUGAAAAGUAUAUCUUAUAAAUUUUUAUCAUGGACAAAAAUAAGCUGUUGGACAAACACUGUUGUUAUUAGAAGCUCUUGUAACUGUAAUUAAAGGCAAACUCUUAUAUGUCUGUGACUGUAACACUUUGCAAAUUCUUAUGGAUUGAAAAAUAGCUUUGUUAUAAGUAUGAGAGCGUUUUGUUAUAAAAUUUUCAAUAAUC